AUGAACUACCGCAACAACAACAGCAUGUCUUUCUACCAGGCCUCACCUUCUGGGGGCGGAAGUGGAAGUGGUGGUGGUGAUGGUGGAGGUGGUGAUCACCACGCUCAUCACCACAACCAUCACCAACAGCUAAACGGUUAUCAACAGCAACCGCAGCAGCAACAGCCACAGCAGCAACAGACCACAGCUUCCUACUCAAGUGGUCAUGGUGCACAGGGACGUCUGAUGCAGCAACAGCAACAGCAGCAACAGCACAACCAUUCAAUGGCCGCUCAUGCCGUUCACGGGGACUCUCAUGCAGAGCUUUCCAUGAGCUCGCCGCUCUCCGCCUCACUUCCGUCCACUUCGGGCAUUGCCUCCACGGGUGGGAACAAUAACAACACCAUCGGCAACCACCACCACAACCACCUCCUCAACCUGCCGUCCCACCUGCAGCAGCAACCAAUUGACACCAGUAACAUGCAACGCAUUCGCCGUUGGAAGAUCUUCCCCGGACGGAAUCGCUUUUUCUGCGACGGUCGCAUCAUCAUGGCCAAGCAGAUUUCCGUCUUCUACUUUACACUACUGCUGAUCAAUGCCACCUGCAUUCUUUUCUUCUACUACGACUGUCCGUACCUGGCGCAAAAGGUGAGCUGGGCCAUUCCGGUCGUCGCCGCCGUUCUCUACAUUUUUGUCAUGGGCACACUGCUGCGCACCAGUUUCACCGAUCCGGGCAUCAUUCCACGAGCAACUCCCGACGAGGCGGCUGAUGUUGAGCGUAAGUGGUUUGAGUUGACCGGUGGCAACUCGCCCAACUGUCGGCCGCCGCCCCGCACCAAAGAGGUGAUCAUCAAUAAUCAGUCAAUAAAGCUCAAAUACUGCUUCACUUGCAAAAUUUUCCGCCCGCCUCGUGCCUCUCAUUGUUCCCUCUGUGACAACUGUGUUGAACGCUUUGAUCACCACUGUCCGUGGGUGGGCAACUGCGUUGGAAAACGAAACUAUCGCUUUUUCUACAUGUUCAUCGUUUCGCUGGCCUUUCUUUGCGUCUACGUUUUUGCCUGCAUUAUCACUCAUCUAAUUCUCUUGUCCAAAGACUCCUCAUUGACAGAGGCAAUCCAAAUGUCGCCGGGAAGCAUGGGCGAAGCGGUGGUCUGCUUCUUCUCCGUCUGGUCGAUCCUCGGCCUGGCCGGUUUCCACACCUACCUCAUCUUCUCUAAUCUGACCACCAAUGAGGACAUCAAGGGCAGCUACUCCUCAAAGCGAGCNAGCGGUGCUUAA